AUGGCUGACGACGAAUUUGAUAUCGAUAUCUACGGCGAUGCCAAUACUGAGCAGGAUAUAUCCUUCAAGAAGGACGAGGACGGUGACGUGAAGAUUGAUGGAACCGAUACGCCUAAUGGACAUACGGCCGAAUCUAAUGGGGUAAAACAUGAAGAAGAACAAGAAGAUGAUGAUUAUGUUGAUAUUAAGCUCGGUAAGGACGACCAUAGUAAGACGACCGAGCAACAGAAAAUCAAGAGUACAGACGAGUCUGGUGCAGACCUGCUGAACAUCCCGAAGCAAGCCCCACAGCAGCAAGGCGUGAAGCGAAAAGAAGGCUCUGAUGAUCGUCCCAUAGACCCUGGAGCUACUACAGCGCUACUAAUAUCAGAAUUGCACUGGUGGAACACUGAUGAUGAUAUCCGCGGAUGGGUCAAUCAAGCGCGGGUUGAGGAUGAAUUGAAGGACAUCACUUUCUCCGAGCACAAGGUGAACGGUAAAAGCAAAGGACAAGCAUAUCUCGAAUUCACCUCCCAACAAGCUGCUACAGCUGCGAAACAUAAAAUUGAUGCGUUCGGUGAUGGUCAACAAUAUGCAAAGAAACAUACGGUCACAUAUUCUAACCCAAAUGUUAACCCGUUCCGGACCUUGCCAAAAGACGCCCCAGCACGCGCCGGAAAGGAGGGCCAGGGUAAUCGUGCCCCCUCGGCAGGCUACAGCAACGAUAGAAGCGGCCAGAGUGGUAAUUUUGGAGGAAAUUUCCGUGGCCGGACCCCUGGCUACAAUGCUCGUGGAGCCAUGCAGAACAUGAAUAGCAACAACUUCAACCGCAAUUUCUCAAAUCCUGCUAUGGGCAACAUGGGUGGUGGCUUCAACUCUCCGAUGGGUGGGUUUCCCGCUGGUCAGAUGGGUGGCCAGUUUGGUGGGUUUAAUAACCGUGGUGGCAUGAUGGGGGGUGGCAUGCGAGGAGGACCUAAUUCAAUGAGAGGCGGUAGAGGGGGUAUGGGCAAUGCCAUGAUGGGCGGGAUGCCUAUGGGUGGGAUGCCAAUGGGCGGGAUGCCAGGCGGUAUGGGAGGAAUGCCGAUGAAUAUGGGCCAAAUGGGUGGAGGCAUGCCAGGUGCUGGCGGCUUCGGUGGUAUGCAGCCGCAUUUUAAUCCCGCCUUCUUCCAGCAAAAUCAAGCUGCUGGUGGUGAUUGGCAAAAUCCCCAUGGAGCUAAACGACCUCGGCCGGAAUAA